CCACGUAUUCAGUUCACUUCGGUUGCUCUACCCCUCGGUACACACAUUCCAACAAUUCUCGUAUCCGCGCGCGGCCUCGACUCCUCCCCAAAAAAUCUUCGGAUUAAUCGCCUCGCUGGACGAGGAGGCAUGUCCACCUGUCGUCGUCGUUGCUGAUCCGUCCUCCGCCCAAGGUCACCGCGAUGGGUCGUUCCGCGUCCAAGGAACAGCCACAGUCCACGCCCAACAACCCGUGGGAGGCGGAAAUGGCCCGCAAGAAGCGCCGCGAGCAGAACGUCAAGGAUGCCACUGCGGAGCUGAAACGGCUCGAAAAGCAGCGGAAACGAGCGGACAAGGCAGCGAAGCGGGCAGCGGAGAAGCAGAAGCAGAAAAGGGGGAAGAAGGGUCGAAAGUCCAAGCUGGACGCGCUGGCGGACACUCAGCCGCCGCCGAUUGUACGAAAGUCGAAAGCCAAGCUGGAAGAGAGUGACUACGAUUCGGAAGCUAUCCGCCGGAUGCAGGAUCAGCUCGCGUUCAACAGUGAUGUGUUCGUGCUGAACCAGCUGCUGCUGGGAGUGCAGUUCUACGGGAACUACGAGAGAGACAUGUGGGACGCCGUCGAGCGAAACCGGCAGGAGGAGAACCAACGCAGCGGCAAGAUUGCGCACCACUGCAAAACCGUCAUCCUGCCGGACCGGCUGCAGAGCGCCGUCGACCAGCGGGUCAAGUACAUGGCAAAGCACGGUCCACAGAAGAACGACCUGCAGCCGUUGCACAUGCAGACCUGUUACGUGAUCCACGACAACAUCGAGAUCUCGAAUCCGGGCGAGACGUCGGUGUACAGCAUCCUGACGAACGCUCCUAUCUACAAGGUGGAGAUCGAGGACGGUCUGAAGGAGAAGAUGAACGACGCGGGGCAGAGAAGACGGCGAAGGAACUGUCACCACGGGUACGUCAAGCUGAAGAGCACAGAGUACAUUAAGCCGAACAAUCCGACGCCGCUGGAUAAGAUGGAGCAGAAUGGUGGGAUGUACGGGGAAUCUAGCGGAAUGAGCAAGGGUCGGACGAGGCAGAAUGGGAAGAGACAUUCCAGUUCUGACAGUGAUAGCAUGGAUGAGGAGGACGAGGUUAGUGAGGACGAUGAGGUGCCGAUCACCAACUUUGGGAAGCUAAAGUUCCGGGACAGCAUCGCGAUAAAGGCACCUCCUAAAGCGUUGAACGGUAGCAUAUACGGGUUGAGUCGGUUGAUGGUGCCGUCAACUUCGACAAGUUCUACUUCUCCACCCAGCAGUGAGUACGACUACGCGUACAUUACGGCGAUCAACACGCAUCAGCCGUUGAGUGUGAUGAAGAGUAUUGGUGAGGAUCACCCGUUGAGUACCACCGUACUGCCGGACUAUUGCGUGACCACGAUCAACUGUUCAACAGAACUGAGCGCCGGGUACUACUCGGACAACGAAUCCGAAGAAGAUAAACUCAUGUACAUGGUUAAGAACGGUUUGCAAAUCAAGAACAACCCAACGGAGUACAUCACCGAGCGGAGACAAUACCUCAACUCCAAGGGAUUCCUUGCGUACUUCAUAAACCUCUUCCAGGACACGCUGGCAUACGACCUGGGGAUCGGUCAGGAUGAUCUGGACAACGCGACCUGGAAGGGAGCCGUAAUCUACACCGGAAACUGGGAGAUCAUCCCAGCGAUUCUAUGUCCUUGGCCACAGGAAGCCAGCGAGUGGAUUCAACGGAAGCGGGAGGUCAAGAUAAACCCAAUGACCAAACAAAAGUUUCAAUGGCCUACACCUCCCAUGAUCCAAAAGGUCAAAUCGUUCGGAUGUCACGUGGUCCCAACCGGGUACGCUCCCAAAAUCGGCACCAACACGUACCGUCAGCUCGAGUGGAAGAUCGUCUUCCCGGAAGCCGAACGCUACCUCGAGAGCUGCCUCACCAACACCCAAGUAAAGAUCUACAUGCUAACGAAGCUACUGCUGAAAACCUUCGUCGAACCCGCCCUCUCCACCAGCACCAACAUGUUCAGCAACGAACACCUUCGGGCUCACCUCUUUUGGCAGUGCGAAAGCAACUAUGCAGCAUGGCCCGAAGACUACCUCGGAGAAGCGCUCAUCCGCUUCCUCAACGGUCUACUCGAUCGCAUCAAAACCCACAAACUCCCCGACUACUUCCUACCCAGCCGGAACCUCUUCGAGAACAUCCCGGAAAAGUUCCUCGUAGAACUGCACAAACGAAUCUUCCGAAUCACCGAAAACCCCGUAAUGCACAUGCUGAUCGCGCUCCGUAACGUCAAACUCCCGGGAGCCCAGGUUACCUUCUACCCGAAGAUCAACGUCAAGCGCCUCUACUCCAUGCUGAUCAUCGACAACCCGCUCAAGAUUGUGAAUCCACGCUUUCGUGACGAGAACGAAAACCUCGCCGCGGAGGACUCCGCGGAUGAGGCCGAGGACGCCGAGAAGGAGAUCGCGGUCGGCUCGAUGGCGUACUUCAACCAGCAGGAGAUCGAGUCGCGGAAGCAACGCACGAGGAUCGUACGCUUCAUGGAGGCGGAAAAGUUCAAGAUGGAGAAGCAAGGCGAGAGGAGACCUUCGUUGGAGUCGAUUGAUCUGAUGUUCGCCCCCCUCAAACACAUGGAGAACCUGCGCCGACAGCUGAUCUACAACAUCUUCGUGCAGCAUUUUAUCGAGAUGGCCCGCGUCUCGUACGUGUUCCGAUCGAUGAACCAGGGCUUGGUCUACCUGAAGCAAGCCGAACGACUGUGCAGCUUGCUUAGCGACGAUCAAGGCGUGGAAGAAGCCCGUAAAUACCUCUCCAAGAUCUACAGCCUACGCAACGAGAUUCAGAAGACGGUCAGCAACGCCUCAUACGGUCCGGCGCUGCCGAAGCGAGUCAGUUUGGUGACGACGAGUCCACAGCACCGACGAUCGAAGCUGAAAUCACCCAAACAACAAGAACAACAACCGCGACGCGGUGGAAGGUCCUCUUAUACGAACCUUCCACCGGGACAAGAAUCACCGGAACGAAGGCGGACGUCACGACAAGUAUCCAAGCGUAGUCCGAACGUUGGGAAACGGGUGGGGCCGAUGGACCCGGACCCCGACGACAUCUCACAGCUGUUGGGGAAUGUUACGGUACAUGCGUGAGGGUUUGGGGUUUGAGGUUAUGAAAUUAUUCUGUGAUAUCGAAAAGGCAGUAAAAUACAAGUUUUCGUUGACAACAGUUGGUUU